UGUUUCCCUGAACCACAGCUAAGUAGAGUGUGGGGUGACAUGCACGGCACCCCAUUGCAACAAGAAGAUCCGCCAGUGUUCUUCUAAAAUCAGAAACCGAGGAGCAGGAGGUUGUGUGUCGUGAGGCGGUGAGGUGAGGGUGAGGGUGCCUGGUGGCCGCCCCGCCUACUGUGCUGCCCCAGUGUACAGCGGCUUGUGCCCUGUCUCUACUAGUACACAUGGAUCUAGGUAUGGCCCAGGCUCAAAUACAGCAGCAGCAGCAAAAAGGAAAUCAGUCUGCAGACUUCGGGCCAGAUAGUGGAGGCAGAAUAAAGGGGCUGACCAUAGUGAAGCCAUUGAUCUAUGGCAAUGUGGCACGGUAUUUUGGCAAGAAGAGGGAAGAGGAUGGACACACUCAUGAGUGGACUGUGUACGUGAAGCCUUACAACAAUGAAGAUAUGUCUAACUAUGUGAAGCAGAUACACUUCAAGCUGCAUGAGAGCUAUGCUGACCAGAACAGAAUGUUAACUGCACCGCCAUAUGAAGUCACAGAGACAGGCUGGGGGGAGUUUGAAAUUGUCAUCAAGAUAUAUUUUCAUGACCCCAAUGAGAGACCAGUGACAAUAUACCACAUCCUGAAGCUGUUCCAAUCUCCCCCGGGCACCACCCCUGCUGCUGUAACGGGAGACUUCAAGAAGCCGUUAGUAUCAGAGUUUUAUGAGGAGCUGAUUUUCCAAGACCCGUCUGCCAUGAUGCACCAGCUGCUCACCAACACUCGGCAGCUCACUCUGGGGGAGUACAAACACGACACUGAUUUUGAGGAGAAAAAGGAGAAAACCAUAAAGAACCUGUUGAAUGCCAAAGAGAAGAUCUCAAAUGAAAUUGCUGACUUGCGGGAAAAGAUCAAGCUUGCCAAAGACACCAUUACCAAGUUUAAAGAGGAGAUCAGUAAAUAUCAAGGAGACAUGUCUGUGGAUGUGUCUGGACUCUCAUAGUGUAGGAGAGAAUCAUGACAUUUCCCUCAUUCUCCCUGAUCAUUUAAGUGUGUGUGUGUGUGUGUGUGUGUGUGUGUGUGUGUGUGUGUGUGUGUGUGUA